CAGCGCGUGCGCAGCAGGCGCAAAGGUUUCUGCAGGCCGCAGCGGAAGACAUGAAGACUGCGGCGGCGGCUGGGGAGGUCAGCGUCGACGGGCGGCCGAAGCUGGCACUGUGCGUCCUCUGCGGCUUGCCGGCGGCCGGAAAGUCGACCUUCGCGCGUGCGCUGGCCCUCCGGCUGCCGCAGGAGCGGGGCUGGGCCGUGGGCGUCCUCUCCUACGACGAUGUGCUGCCCCCCGCGCUCCUGGAUGACGCUAGCACACAACCUCGGCCAUCCCAGUGGAAAAUGUUUCGACAAGAACUGUUAAAGCACCUGGAAUGUUUCCUCGUCGCGGUCAUUAGUGGGGGUCAGAUGACUGCCCCACCCAACAGGACUGAAACCAUGUGGGAAGAUUUUAUAACUUGCUUAAAAAAACAGGAUUUGAUCUUUUCUGCAGCGCAUGAGGCUCAGCCUUGCCAGCUCUUGGCAAAAACUGCUGUUUCUAGACGUUUGUUUUUGGUGUUAGAUGACAACUUUUAUUACCAAAGUAUGAGAUAUGAAGUCUACCAACUGGCUCGGAAAUAUUCACUGGGCUUUUGCCAGCUCUUUUUAGAUUGUCCCUUGGAAACAUGUUUGCUGAGGAACGGCCAGAGACCCCAACCACUACCUAAUGAGACCAUCCGCCUCAUGGAGAGAAAGAUAGAAAAGCCCAACGGUGAGAAAAAUGCCUGGGAACACAACAGCCUCGUAAUUCAGAGUUCAUCAUGUUCCUUGGAGGCCAGCCUGGAGGUGACUGAUUUGUUGCUUACUGCUUUGGAAAAUCCCGUAAGAUGUGUUGAGGACAAUACGGAACAAAAGGAAACAGACAGAAUUAUUUGUUCUACUAACAUCCUCCAUCAAGCUGAUGAAACACUCCGCAGAACCAUCUCUCAGACAAUGAAAGAAGCCAAAGAUUUUUCCUUAGAUACCAGGGAAUCAAUAGGAAGCAGAAUAUUUUAGUGAGGAGACAGACAAAAAGAUGAGAAAAUACCCCUUAAUAACUUGAAGCGUCUAGCAGAAGACCUUAACAAGCUCAAAGCAGAUUUUUUGGAAGAUCUACGACAAGGAAACAGAAAAUAUCUGUGCUUUCAGCAAACCACCGACUUAUCAGAUAUUAUUUCUUCUUUUUGUGAUGAGAGAGAUACUGUUGUGCAGAAGUAUUUUUCAAAGCAACAUUAAACUUUCUGAAUUUCUAAUCAAA